AUGGCUUACAUUAAAAUCGCUUUACUAGCUGCUGUCGCUGCUUUUGCUUCUGCCCAAACUGAAGAAGAAAUUGACGAAUUGAACGUUAUUUUGAACGAUGUCAAAUCCAAUUUGGCUCAAUACAUGAGUUUGGCUGAAGAUUCAUCUUCUGGUUUCUCUUUGUCCAGUUUGCCAUCUGGUGUUUUGGACGUUGGUAUGGCUCUGGCUUCUGCUACUGACGACUCCUACACCAGUUUAUACUCUGAAAUUGACUUCGGUGCCGUCUCCUCUUUGUUGACCAUGUUGCCAUGGUACUCUUCCAGAUUGGAACCAGCUUUGGAAUCCUUGUUAGGAACUUCAACCUCUGCUGCUGCCUCCUCUACUCAAGCUAAGACCUCUUCUGCUGCCGCUAGCUCUUCUGCUGCUGCUUCCUCAUCUGCUGCUGCCUCUUCAUCUGCUGUUGUCAGCUCCUCUGCUGUUGCUUCUUCGUCUGCUGCUGCUUCUUCGUCUGCUGCUGCUUCAUCAUCUGCUGCCGCCUCUUCAUCUGCUGUUGUCUCUUCUGCCGCCAGCUCUUCUGCCGCUGCUUCCUCUUCCGCCAAGGCUUCUUCCGCCGCUAGUUCCGCCAAGGCGUCUACUACUGCUUCCGGUUCUGCUUCCGCUAUUUCCCAAAUCUCUGACGGUCAAAUCCAAGCUACUAAUACCGUUUCUCAACAAACCGAAAAUGGUGCUGCUAAGGCUGUCAUUGGCAUGGGUGCCGGUGUCAUGGCUGCUGCCGCUAUGUUAUUAUAA